AUGGGGGGAAGAGCAUGGCGUACACAUACGAUGAUAAUAGUAGUGUUACAACUACUUUGCUUUAUACCCACCAUGGUGUACUCCUCUUUUCCUAGUGAUGGUGCUAGAGAUCAUCAGGUCAUGGGUUUUAGGGUUAACAUGAAGCACAUAGACUCUCAAGAGAUCUCCUUGUUAAAACGUUCUCAAUCUGCUGUGGAGAGAAGCAAGAAGCGAGCUGGAUGCAUAUCAGCGACACUAGGCCAAAAGCAGAUAGAAAAACAUGGGAAUGCGAAGGGAUAUGGAAGCCCAGUUCAUGUGGGCAAUGGAGAAUUUCUAAUAGAGAUAGGAUAUGGAAGUCCAGCGAUAAAGUCCGAGGGGGUGCUGGACACGGGGUCUGAUAUCAUAUGGACGCAAUGCUUUCCAUGCAGGAAAUGCUACAGACAAUCUGUCCCACUCUUUGACCCAAAGAAAUCAUCAACAUUCUCCAAGCUUGGGUGCAAAGAUUUCUUCUGCACCAGCGCAUUGGGACCUGGGCAACCAGGGUGCAAUAAGAAAUCGGGAAAUUGUGAGUUCGCCAAUGCUUAUUCUGACGGCUCUAAAACCAGAGGCUAUCUCGUCAAAGACACAUUGACGUUGGGGAAUGGAUCCACCAUUUCUCAUGCAGGCUUUGGAUGUGGGAUUGAAAACAACGUGGCACCAACUUUUCAAGGGAAGUUGACGGGCAUUGUGGGCAUGGGAAGAGGCCCUCUCUCGUUAGCCUCACAGGUGGGGGCCUAUUUGGGCAAGAAGAGAUUCUCCUACUGUUUCUUGUCUUAUGAUAAGUACUUCGGUGGGCCUCCCAAAACCAGUCCUUUGUUCUUCGGCCAACUUGCUGAUCUAAUCGACAAGAGCCCAGUUCAGACCAUGAAGUUCGUCAAGAACGAACUUUUGCCACCCUUCUAUUACAUUCCUCUCACAGGAAUAGCUGUGGGAGGGAAAGGUGUGAAGAUUCCUGCUCGGAUUUUCAAUGUGAAGGAGGAUGGAAGUGGCGGUGUGAUUAUUGAUAGUGGGACUUCGCUUAUACAGCUUGCUGAGGGUGCUUACACUCCUUUGGCGGAUGCCAUUCGGGCAGGUAUAAAUCUGAGGCCUGUGGAUGGGUCUUCUGUUGGCCUUGAUCUCUGCUACGCUGUCAAGGCAGGAUCCGCUUUGCCUAGAGUUCCUUCGCUUACUUUUGUAUUUGAGGGUCGCCUGAAAUAUAAGUUUCCCUUGGAGAAUUACUUUAGACAGGCAAGUGAUGAUCUGUUUUGCCUUGCCAUCAUUCCCCUGCCACCGGAUUCGACUUCUGCUUCAGUGUUUGGCAACAUUGCUCAGCAGAACUUUCACAUCCUCUAUGACGAUGACUCCUCCACUCUCUCCUUCCAAUCUGUUGCCUGUGAUUCUCUCUAG